AUAACUCAACCUCAGUCCAUACUGAACCUCAAAUUAAAACCUCCAUCUGCAUACACAACAGAAUAAAAGUAUAUAUCAUCUAUAAAUAAACGUUUUGAUGGCAUCUACCGAAAACCCUGAUCCAGAAACCGGUAAAUCCAAACCGCUUCCGGCUUCAGCUGAACCACCACCACCACCACCACCGUCUUCAGCCGCCAGUUUCCUAGACUGCCGGAAAAUAGACGUCACGUUAAGAGUUUUGCUUUUCUCCGCCACAUUGACUGCUCUUAUAGUAAUGGUGACCAGCGACCAGACCGAGAUGACUCAGCUCCCUGGAGCUCCGUCUCCAGCUCCUGUCUCCGCCCAGUUCAAUGACUCGCCCGCUUUCAUAUACUUCGUGGUGGCUCUUGUAGUGGCAAGUUUCUACGCCUUAAUCUCAACACUUAUUUCCAUCUCUCUACUCUUGAAACCUGAAUUUGUUGCACAGUUCUCGAUCUUCCUAACCUCAUUGGACAUGGUGAUGUUGGGGAUUUUGGCGUCUGCGACGGGAACGGCGGGAGGAGUCGCGUACAUAGCGUUGAAAGGAAACGAAGAAAUUGGGUGGAACAAGAUUUGUAAUGUCUACGACAAGUUUUGUGAUUACAUCGCAACUUCGCUUGCCUUAUCUCUCUUUGCUUCUCUUCUGCUUCUAGUUUUAUCCAUUUGCUCUCUUUCCAAGAGAUCUACAUGAACAAAUACUAAACCCAUAUGAAAAGUCCUAUCUCGUAACGUGUUAUUUGUUCACACGCGCGUUUGUGUGUGCCGUGUGUAUCUUUGUGUCGGAUUUGGUUUGUAUCGUUGUGCUAAGUAUAUCUCAAUAUAUCUAUCUGCGUUGU